UCUCCUAAGCAUGCUAUUUAACCGGACAAUGGCCAGAACUCCAUCCAGAAACCAUCAUCUCCUCAUCAACAACCUCCUUCUCAACCCGUCAUACGUACCUUGUGGAAGUAGUCUCAAGAAAGAAUGGCGCUGAAUACUAGGAAUGCAAUCGUUGCCAUUCUCCUCCUCGUCGUGAUGGUCGCGGCGGUCUCAACACCAGCGGUAACUGCCCAAGAGGACUGCUGGGACAAAUGUUUCAAGGACUGCAAGGCAAAAAUGGCAAUGGAAGUUUGCAACCAAAAGUGCAUUGACUUUUGCAUUUAUCAAGCUGGAGCCAGAGAAUAUGUUAAGAUGGCUGGCGAUAAACUCAAGGAGACCAAAACUGCCUCUCCAGAACAGGCCACUAUACUCAAGAAUCAAGCUACCACCUACUUAGAACGUGCCAAAGUCCUCAGCGAUAAAGCCGUGACCCCGUGAGUGUGAGUGCGCACUCUUUUGUCUAUCGGUGUCGCUGCUGUUAUGGUGUCUAUGGAUGUUUUACUUAUUUAUUAUUAAAUUGUCGCGGUUGCAUCCCAUAUUUUUUGGUUUCUUUCAUUUUUGUCUCUUUGUUAACAGACCGUCUUUUGUAUUAUGACGACAUGCUUGUUCCAGUGACUCCCUUUAUCUGUUUUUAUUGUCGAGAUUACUCAUGUGUAAUGGUUUUCCAUUGAUUUGGAUACAUAAUAAUAAAGAUUCUUGCUUCCUUUUUAA